AUGACCGGACUCCGUAAUCUCUUCCAAGGUGUCCUAAAAUACCGCGCCACGGUCCGAGAAGACCUUGUAAAACAGUUCGAAAGAGUGAGAGAUGACCCUCAUCCUGCUUCUGUGCUUUUCACAUGUAUGGAUUCUAGGUAAUUUUUAUUUCUUUUCUUCUGACGUAAUCCUUCAGAAUCCUCCCGGCAAGGUUCACUCAAGCUCAAGUCGGUCAGAUGUUUGUGGUCAGGAACUCCGGAAACAUGAUCCCUCAUGCCCAGAAUUACGGUAAGGUUAUUUUUUGUGUGAUUACUCUGUCUUGCAGGAGGUUCUAGCUACGAAGUUUCAAUAACGACAGAGCCAGCGGCUUUAGAAUUAGCCGUUAAAAGAGGGAAUAUUCAUCACGUCCUGGUGAUGGGCCAUUCUGAUUGUAAGGCAAUCAACAUGCUCCACAAUCUCUGCCAAUGCCCUCAACAUUUUGAUCAAACCAGUCCGGUCGAUCAUUGGCUUCGAAAAAAUGGGUUUAGAAGUCACAUCAAGUUGACACAAAUGUUGAAGGCCGAAGAAAACUGCGACCCAGAUGCCAGGAGAAUUCAUUUCGCCGCGGAGGAACCCGAGCUCUUGAAUUUCCACGCCCAAAUUGACCCAGAUCGGAAGUUUGGCGUGGAGGAUUGGCUCUCCCAGAUCAAUACACUGCAACAACUUGUUCAUGUUGCUUCCCAUGGCUUCCUGAGGGAUUAUCUACUUGAAGAAAAGGUGCAUUUGCAUGCAUUGUGGUUCGAUGUAUACAAGGGCGACAUGCACAUGUUCAGUCGAAGAAAAGAACGCUUCGUAGAAAUUGACGAGGAUUCUGCGGCUGAGCUGGAAAACGAAGUUCAAACGAAUUAUCAAGAGCCGAUCAAGGCCGCUGCUCAAGUUUGA